AAAAUCUAGUGCUCAGUGAAAGACGUCAGCUGCAAGCUGCAAAAUGGAAAGUUGUGUACAACCGUGUGUUUGAUGUUGAUCGUACAUUUUGAACGGUUUUGUGAACGUCCUAUGAAUGUUUAUGGUGAACUUAUAUCGUGUAUGUGAGUUGUGAUUCCUCCGUCAACAAUGCUGGGGAAGAAAUCUUCGAAACCUCGCAAGGAAAGGCGAAGGAACACGGAGAAGCGAAAGGAGAAGUCACGUGACGCGGCGCGCUUCCGCCGCAGCCGCGAGACGGAGAUCUUCACGGACCUGAGCGAUGCCCUGCCGCUGUCGCCCGGCGCCGUGGCGCACCUGGACAAGGCGUCCAUCAUGAGGCUCGCCAUCUGCUACCUCAAAGUGCGCAGCCUCAUCCACAUGGUGCCGGAGCAGGUGACUCCCAAGGCCGACAUCAUGAACGACCCCCUGGUCAUGAGCGCCAUGGAGGGCUUCCUCCUGGUGCUGUCCGCCGACGGCGACAUGGUCUUCCUGUCCGAGAACGUCCACGAGUACCUCGGGCUCAACCAGCUGGACUUGAUGGGCCACAGCAUCUACGAGUUCAGCCACCCCUGCGAUCACGACGAGAUCAAGGAGAUCCUCUCGGAGAAGUCGGUCGUGAAUGGCGGCCAGCGCUCCGUCAUCCCGCGCUCCUCCUUCCUGCGCAUGAAGUGCACCCUGACGAGCAAGGGCCGCAACGUGAACCUCAAGUCGGCCUCGUACAAGGUGAUCCACUACACGGGCCACAUGCUGACGGGCCCGGCACGCGUCAAGGAGGAGAGCGACUCUGACAGCGCCAGCAGCUCCGGCGACAGCGGCCUGGGGCACGGCCGAGUCAGCAGCGAGAACUGCCUCGUGGCCAUCGGCGAGCCCAUCCCGCACCCCUCCAACAUCGAGAUCCCGCUCGACAAGCAGACCUUCCUCAGCAAGCACAGCCUCGACAUGAGGUUCACUUACGCCGACGACAAGAUCGGCGAGUUUUUGGGCUACGAUCCCAGCGACCUGGUGGGCAAGUCGAUGUACGAGUUCCAUCACGCCAUGGACAGCGAAGUGGUGGAGAAAGGCUUCAAGUCCUUGUUUUCCAAAGGGCAGUGCCAGACUGGGCGCUUCCGGUUCCUGGCCUGCCGCGGCGGCUACGUGUGGGUGGUGACCCAGGCCACGCUGCUCUACGGAGCCAAGGGCAACAAGCCGCAGUCCGUCGUCUGCGUGCAUUUCGUCACCAGUGGAAUCGAGGAACGGGAUGAAAUCUUCUCCAGCAGCCAGCUGAGCACGCCCUCUGUGGUGGAGGCCGCCCCCGCCGCCUGCGCGGCCCCCGCUCCAGCUCCACUGCCGGCUGCUGCUCCAGCCCCGGCCACGGCCCUGACGCGGCCCCAGUCGGUGACGGCCUCCUUGUUCAAGUCGGUGCCCCAGGUGCUGGUGGAGCCUCCAGACAGCCCAGCGCCUCCGGCGGACAUCCGCGUCAACCAGUACAUCCGCCCCGAGAGCGCGGCCGGCGCGGCCAGCUUCACCCUCUCGCCCUCCAUCUCGCCUUCCCUGUCGCCCGCUCUCUCCCCAGCCCUCUCUCAAGUCCUCUCCCCAGCCCUCUCUCAAGUCCUCUCUCCAGACUUCUCUCCAAACCUCUCUCCAGCCCUCUCCCCCAGCCAGCCAGACCCGCCCCUGCUCCGCCCUAUUUCCGCGACGAGCAGGAUCUUCGCUUCCUCGCCGUCCUCUGCAACCUCGACAUCUGCGCUCUCACCAGCCCCGGCAUCACCCUCGUCAUCGGCGUCCUCCCCGACAGUCUUCCUGCGCCCGCAGGCAGCUACCACCAAGAUUUUUGCACCGCGCACAGAGGACAUGAACAAGGGAUUCCUCAUAUUCUCGGAGGACGAGGGUCUGACCAUGCUGAAGGAUGAGCCAGAGGACCUGACGCAUCUGGCCCCAACGGCUGGGGACGUGUGCGUCCCCCUCGAGGGUCCGUUCCUUGGCGAUGUGUUCGACGACUUUAUGUUGUCUGAAAAUUACUGCCCCUUACUUAGCGAUGACAACAGCAACUCCAAGUUCUUCCUGUACCGUGACAAUGACCCCACCCCCGGUGACCUAUCCCCACCGGGCCACUGCCGACACCUGCUCUCCCCCACUGUAUCACCCACCCUCUCUUCAACCCUCUCAGAGAGUCCUGGAGAUUGCAGCCUACCAUCUUUGUGCAGCCCGAGCAGAGCAGUGGAUCUGGAUGACAACAUGUCUCAUUUUAUGUCCCUUUCGGUUGAUACUGGUAUGACCAGUUUGUCAGAUACCGAUGAUGACUUGAGCUUAAGAGCACCUUACAUACCAAUGGGUGAAGAUCUUCCUCUCAUCAUGUCAAAUGAUCUCAUGUGGGGGUCUUCAUUACCGUACAAAAGUAGCACCAGUAGUAGUAGAAGCAGUUCAAGCAGUUGUCCAGAUGAUAGUGGAGGAGGUGACAAUAGUAACAGUAGCAUUAAUAGUCCUCUGGGCAGCUCACGUAACUGUUGGUCACCUCAACCACAGACUUCGAGCAAACCAGAUAUGAAUUCUAGUUUAGCAAGGCUUUUACAAUCUGACACAUUACCCAAUGGCCAUCGACAAUCAGCUUCAGAUCUUGUAGACCCAUGUGAAGUGUUGGGCCAAAUUUACUCUAAAAAACAAUCUCCUGCAUGGAGUAGUGGACGUGGACCAGGUCGCCCUAGUUCACAUAAAACAGCAGCUCCACCUCAUACCCACAAACGUGGAUCAAGUGCGAUGGGACAGUACUUAGGGGCCAAGCGUAGUAGAUUAAAUGUGGCAGGAAGUCGUUCCAAGAAAGCGCAAGCAGAUCUUUUACACUCUACAGACUCAGUAUUGGUGUUGGAUGGUGGAGGGCAUCGACCUGAGCACAAAUCAGUGCCAUUACCGCAGCCCAGCGAUAGUGUUCUAAUGAACCUCUUGGGUCAAGAUGGAAUAUUUAAGCUACCUCUACAAAAAAAGGAUGCAGUUGUUGCUUUGGGCAAUCUUGUAGCAUCAGCAUCAUCUAUUCUUCGUGAACUAGCCGGUGACAAAAUCCCAGAUGAUGCCCCAAUUGUUCUACAACCAAGCAAACCUCCUGAAUCUGGGCAACUUAGAAGUCCAUUGGUCACACCGACAGUAGUCGGUAGAGAUCUGCUUCGCAAAAAUUCUUUUUCUUUGUUGGAUCCAGAGUGUAUGAUACCAUCACUUGCUGAUCUAAGCCAACAAGAUUAUGAGGUGAAUGCUCCAGUUUCCAGCCAUGGUACUCUCCUACAAGGCGAGGAGUUAUUGACAGCUUUAGAGAUGUCAGGUGCAGCAAAUGUUUUGUCAAUGGGUUAGUAUAGUUAUAGUAGAGUGUUUUUUAAAGGAAAAACGGUAAUGGUGUGUGUUACAGAAAAACUAGUAUCUUAGAUUAAGUGGAAUUCUCUUGAGGCUUGCUCUGUGGAUCCCAAGAGAUGUAACAUUCUCUUGAGUCAUGCAUACAGUGUUCAGUUGUUGCUCAAUUUUGUGCAGUGGAGAUAUUUCUUGCUAACCAUGUCUGUCACACCGGGCACUCAAGAGAAAUUAAUUACUGCCAUUUUACGUAGCAACACACGCAAAUCAUUUAUAUACAUAACUAUGUAUACAUGUGUAUGUAUGCAUUUAUUUUUUGUAAUAUCAUCAAAUUCAUGUUUUAGUCAGUAUUUAAGUGAUCUUUAUUCCCUGAAUGAUUUUAAACUUGUUAAGGAGACUUUUAACUGAAAUAUAGGGCUGUGCACUGUUUGAAGAAUUACAUUGUGGGAGGAUGACGUGUCAUUAAUCUUCUCUUGUUACAAUUUUAUUCUUUUCUGGAGAAGUUCUGAGAAAUUUGAGUGAAGCAAAGUUUUUAAUAUGUAUUUCUGUGCUAACUGUGUGUUUACUGCUGCAGCUUUCAUUUUGGUAUGUUCUCAACUGAAGGGGAUUAAAGCAUGUUUGUCAUCAAGGGUUUUCUUUUUGAAAGGUGAUUUAGUGUAUUCCAUAAAUUACCUUUUAGUUCCAGUAUUUUUUUGGAACUGAAAAUCUAUUCUACUUUUCUCCUAAAGAGGCUAUCGACUUUGUAAGUUUUACUUUUAAAGAAUCAUGUUGUAUCAAACUAUGUAUCAUUUCUUCUUUACUAAUAUUACUUCUGUCAGGGUAAUCAAGAAAAAAAAAAUACUGUGCUCUAAAUUAUUUAGACCCUACUGUGCCAUGGCAUACUUUGCUGAUUUUCAUUCCUUAUUUUUUGUAUCCAGUUCUUUGUUUAUGUAAAUUCGCAUGUUGACUAUUGGUAAUUUGCCUGAAAGAAUUAAUGCGUGAUUAUGAUGGCUUACAUUUUAUUGUUUACUUAUAGUUUAACUGUUAUAAUGUUGAGGAGAUGCAAACUAGAGGAAUGUAGAAAAAUACUAACUCAGUUUUUAAAGUAAGUGAAUCUUCUGUAAGUGGCAAUAUGCUUGUGUUCAAGCUAGAGGUAAAAUAGAUUGAGCCAAAAGAAUCUACUACUGACUGUAAAGUUAUCAAAUUGAAACUUUCAGGUUAUAUAUUUUCACAAGUGUAUAUAGCUUUUUAUAACUGCAGUACCAGAUCAACUGUCCGUAAAUAUUUGCCUUAUGCCUUUUACAUGUUUGAACAUUCCCGACCAAGUUCCUUACAAUACUUCAUCAGCAAAAUACUUUGUUAAUGUUUUCCACAUAGUACAUUUUGCAUGAUUGCCUAUUUAAUUGAUCAUAAUUGUGUGUAUUACCUUUCCUUUUUACAUUUUUCUUUUUAUAGAUGGGUUUGCUUUUAUUAUGAAAACUUUAAUCAUGUUGAUGGGGGAAAUCUGGUGUGCGGUACUGGAACGUGUUUGUAGAUCUGGGACUAGCCAGCAGGGAUUGUUGCUAGUUUUAAACCAUGAAAUCUCCAUUAAUUUCUCCUUUAGAUGAGGAACUUUGACCGGAGUUUUAUAUUGGCUUGCUUUAUUGGCAUGUUCCAACUCCGAACAGAUCUGACCUAUCUUACUUGGGAUUUAUUCAACAAUUAUGAAUUGACAUUUUCCCAUUUUCCUUAAGUAUUUACUUUUUUUCGUUUUCAAUAAUGCUUUUAUUUUGAGAACCAUGUUUUUAUGAGAACUUUUGUGUUUGAUACAAAAUAGCUUGUACUACUCUUGCCUUGUAUAGUACCAUUACCAAUAUCAAACUCAAUUAUAUAUUCCCCUUCCCUACUUCUACUAUGUAGCAGAGUACUCUAUUGAUAUAGCAUGUAGUGCUACGGGAUUGAAGCUUUUUUUAUUUUUGCUUUUUUCAUUAAGGACCAAUCACGAUCAUUGUUCAGAGCCUCUCCAAAUAAAGGUUAAAACAUA